UCCCGUCGCCGUGACGACACACCGAACAGAUUCACCUAAAUAACGACCGUUGGUCCACGCACAGAUAGCCCCGCCCCCGGACCCACCUGAUUGAAACAUCGGGAACUUGUGAAAGGGAUUCAAGUUUUUAAUUAUGACAAAGAUCAUCAGUCAGACUCGUCUCGGUGCGUGUUUGUCCCCCUUUAUAUCGCCGAUGUGCCAAGUUGGAUCGCGCACAAAGAGCCGUCUCGAUGUGGGACGGCGGAAAGUGGCAUCAGAGGGAAGAGGAUUGAAACAAAGGAGCGCUCUCGUCCAAUCAGGCGCAGCCGCUCUACUCUUCUCGUUAGGAGUGGGCGGAGUCGGGCGGUCUGCAGAGGCACUGAUGGUGAUUAGGGCUCUUGAUAUUGACUCGGGGCCCCAAAGAUCCCACCAGAGCUCCGGACUAAACCCUGCAGAGCACAUGGGGACGUGGACACACACACUCCUCCAGGAGACGGACCGCGACGAGCUUCUUCUGAAGAGAGAUGAUCAGACCUCGGCUCUGAAGAUGGACAAGGUGGUCAGUUGCACACACGCUGAGUGUGUGUGUGAGUGUUUUCUGCCGGGACAGACUCAGAUCAGGUCAUGUGAUCGCUGCGCUCAUGGAUGGGUCGUUCACGCGGUGGGUAAGGUGUGUGCUCCGGCUCUGCUGUGUUCGGGGCAGGUGGAGAUCGUCCAGAGCAGCGUGGUGUUUGACAUCAGUAGUCUGAUUCUGUACGGGACACAAGCGCUUCCCGUCCGUAUGAAGAUCCUGCUGGACCGGCUGUUCAGCGUCCUCACACACACACAGGUGCUCAACAUCAUACACACACUCGGCUGGACGCUGCGCGACUACGUCAGAGGAUACAUGCUGCAGGACUCCAUGGGGAAGGUUCUGGAUCGUUGGGUCACCAUGAGCCCGGAGGACGAGGCCGUGACUUUGCGUCAGUUUCUGCGUUUUGGGGAAACCAAGUCCAUCGUGGAGCUCAUGGCCGAGGAGCAGCAGCUCCGGCCAGAAACACACUGCGGCGCUGCGCUAAAGCUGAGAGAAAAUAAACCUCCCUCCAGAACGCACCACUUUGAGGAUCUGCCGGGAGGAAGCCUAGCGUUCCUGCAGCCGUUCCACUACGUCGGUCCGUCCGUGUUCCCGCCCUCGCCGGCCGCGGACGGUCAUCCGGCGACGCAAAAACUGCAGCGGCUCAGCAAACGGAACAUCGCAGACGAAACCAGAACCAGACACAAAAUAGACGGCGCAGCUAAAAGAGCAUCGCUGAUGCGAACCUUCGCCAAAUGCCCUCGAAACGAAGAGCAGCGGCAAGCCGACCCGAUCGCAGACUCUUCUGAAACGAGCGAACGCCGCAGCAGCUCGUGCUCGAGUAAAGCUCGCGUCAGCUGCAGCGCGUGCGCCAAGACCUUUUACGAUAAAGGAACGCUGAAGAUCCACUUCAACGCGGUGCACUUGAAGAUUAAACACCGCUGUACCGUCGACGGCUGCAACAUGAUGUUCAGCUCGCUGCGGAGCCGCAACCGACACAGCGCUAACCCCAACCCGCGACUGCACGCCGCGCUCGAACACGCCACGCGCAGGUUCAUCGCUCAGCCUCGGCGGACGGCCUUGCGUGAAGCUACCUCGCUGGUUUCCGCGACGAUCGAGAGCGCUGCGUUGACGGACUGUCGGGUUCCAGGAGGGGGAGGAGCUACAGGCCAUCAUAGGGCCAAUCGGAAUGGCCUUGGCGGUGCGAAUGAUGUGACGCCAAAAAAGAAGUCGCGCAAGUCGAGCACGCCGUUGAAGCUUAAUCGGGAAACUCAUAGCGAGGAACGCGAUCGCUUAUCGCCAAGACAACCGGUGGACAGUCUCCAUGGCAACCACUCACCUGCGGCCAACGCGCAUACGCAGUGCAAAUACAAACAAUUUUGUAAAACAGCGUAUGGUUACCAUAGCUACGGCCACGCGGAAGAGAUCGGCACGUCUCGACCUCUACUGAAGGUCAAAGAGGAGCCGUGUGAUUGCAGAGGUCGUCACCAUAGCAACCUGUGACCUCGACAACGUGACAUCAGAACCGACUCCACGCUGGAAAGUAUCACACUGAAUGUGAAUUUGUGAAAGUAGAAAAACUAAAAAAAAAAAUUGUAAAAAUAAUCUUUGUAAAAAUUGGCAUUUUGUUUGUUUCGGCUUGUUGUGUAGCUUAUGUUAAUAAGGUCCAUUGUUCCUCCGUGCAUGAUGUUGUUGUUAUUAUGAAAAUAAUAAUUCAUUUGUUAACUUGAGGUGGAAUAAAAUGCAGUCAUCAGCAUAUUCAUAAGGCGUCGAUCAAUCAUGCCAUGUCCUUGUUUUUAUAAUCACCAGUAAGGUUUUUACCGUGAUUACAUAAUCAUACAGUAAUAUGAACCUGAGGUUGUUAUGGCAACCAGCAACAACACGCAUAUUUUGCCACGCUAAACUUAUAUUAUUAUACACAUAUAACAAACAGUGAAUAAACAUGUUUGACAACACGAUCACAAAUGAGGAUUUAUUAAGCAAGUCAAACUGAAUCUAAUGUAUGUUCUCAACAACAUGUAGCACCCAAACUCCUGUUCAUGAAAACCUGAUUUUUAAAUAUUAUUAUUACGCUGUCUAUUUGUUCCAAGUAUUAUUAAUUAUAAAUUCGGUGAUGUAACGUUAAUAAACGUUGUCUCCUGUAGAUCAACAGGUAUUUAAUCAGUAGUAAAGUAGCUUUUAGUGUAACUGCCUGCUCCAGGUCUGCAGCCUCGGCUCUUUUAUUGCAGAAUAAAAUGUUAUAAUACAUAAAAUCUUGACGUGAUUCUCGCGAUGCGACGCACACG